AUGUCUGAAAGAAAAGUGGCUUGCUUUCUCAAGUACCUUGACUUUCCUCACUUGGACAUUGAAGACAUGAAAGCAAUGGCAGCACUUGUUUGUGUCAAAGCUGAUGUCAGAGAGAUGUUUGAAAGUCCUUUAAAAAAGUACUUCAAGCCCCAAAGAAAGAGGAGGAGGAUCUUGGAGGAUCUCCAGCCUAAAAGAAGAAAGCUUUGGUAUUACAGGAUGAAGGUGAUUAAACAGGAGUUCAGCAGGAAUUGGCAUCAAGAGGGGGUCCAGGUAGAUGGAAGUCCAGAGGGAACUCAGCCUCAAGAGGUGGCCCAGGAACAUGUUCAGGUGGAUGAAAGCCCAGAAGGAACUCAGCAACUCUGCUCACCAGUGCAGCCAGAGCAAGGAGAUCAUCCCUCAGCAGCACAGCUACUGCCCCCUGCUCAGGAGCCACAGGGAGGGAUUGAUAUCCAUGUGCACCCACAGGGGCAGCCAGUGCAAGGGGGCACGGCCCCAAACACAGGAGCACAACCAGCAGAGUCGGGGUGGGAGCUCCCCAAGGUGACUGUGCAGGUGCAGCCGCAGGGCAGGAGCCAGGGCUGGGGCUGCCCAGAGGUGACCGUGCAGGUGCAGCCUCAGAGACCAAACCCAAGGUGGGAGCCCCCAGCAGUGACUGUGCAGGUGCAGGUACAGCAGCAGGGCCCAGGGCCAUCUCUCCCACAAGUAACUGUACAACUACAGCCCCAGGAGUGGGGACAAGGCACUGCUGGCAUCAAGGUCACGGUGCAGCUGCAGCUGGGCUGUGACCCAGAAGAGGCAAUCCACCUCCAGAACCAAGGUGAGGGAGUGCUCGAUAAUGGAGAACAGUGGACCCCCCCAGACAACCAGGGAAAGAUGAUGACAAGAUCUGAAGGUGAGGGAGGUCUUGCUGUGGUGGAGCUGGUGCCACAGGGGAUUCUGAGCCAAAAACAGGAUCAAGGAGGAAAAGUGGAAAAAGCCCAGCAGGACCAGAGCCAAGAGGAAAGAGCAGAAGUGGUGGAGCUGCAGGACAUGCAGGCUGGAAACAAAACAGACCUGAAAGAGAUGGUGGCAGAGGAGCAGCUGCAGGACCAGAGCCAAGAGCAGGAACAGCUAAAAGCAGACUUUCCUCUGCAAAACGGAGACCAAAGAAGUACAGAGAUAAGACAGGACCAAGGCAAUAGCCAAGAAGGGCCCAGGGGAAUUGUGGAAGACCAGAAGGAAGGCCUAGGACAAGAACUAUCUAAGAAACGUCGAAGAGAGGCUCCAAAUUAUUUUGUUGCCAUUCCAAUAACAAAUGAUCAGGUUUUGGACAGAAUUGAAGAUGUUCAAGAACUCAUAUUCUCUAAAGAGCCUGACCUGUCAAGAGCUCUUCUUCCUGUUCAAACUAUGCACCUUACUAUAAUAGUAGCUCAUCUGGGAACAGAAGAAGAAGUGAAAAAGGCUGUUCUGGCACUGAAGCAAAGCAAGACUAAAGUGGAAGACAUCUUGCAGGGUAAAGACCUUAACUUGACAUUCCAUGGGAUUGGAGAGUUUAAUAACCAAGUGCUAUAUGUGAAAAUGUUGGAGGAAGACCAGAAAAUGCUGAACAGAAUUGCAGAAGCUGUGGAAGAAUGCUUUAUUGAAAUGAAUCUCGACAUUUCAGGAAGUAAGGACUUCAAACCACACCUGACUUUCCUGAAGCUCUCCAAAGCAUCAAGGUUGAGAAAAAGGGGCUUCAGGAAAAUUUGUACGGAUCUGUAUAAGGAAUAUGAAGACAGCCACUUUGGCACAGAGGUCCUCAGUCGAAUUGACCUCUGUGCCAUGCGUAAGAAGAAGCAGGAAUCUGGUUACUAUUAUUGUGAGUGUUCAAUCAAUGUGGGCUCCAGUGGUAAGGAAGAGAGUAAAGAGCCAAAAAUGCAGACAGAAGACGUGGGGGAGAAGAGCAGUGAAGGCCUCCCAAACAACGGAGCAAAGGCUGAAGUAGGAGCAACUGCUGCAAGCUGUAAGCUUGCCUCAACAGUAGUAGCUGAUGAUAAACCAUCUGAAAAUGUUGCUGAGGCCUCAAUUGCAAUUAAAGAAAAAGAAAUCAGUGAGGCAAAGGGACAGCCUGAAGCUACAGAUGGGACUUCUCCUACAGCUGGAGAUAUCUGCUCAGAGUCAGUACUUGGUCUGCUGCCAGCAAGUUCAGAUGUGCUGAAAAGCUUGGAAAUAGAACAAGAAAAAGCAAAGAUAACAGAUGGCAGUUUGCAAAAAACUGAAGCAACAGAACAAGCACCUGGUCAGACAAGUUUGGAAUAA